ACCCGAAGAGACCGCCGCGAAUGUGCUUUAUUUUGCCAGCGUUUGGAAAUCAAGAAUUCUUUUUCGUAGCGUUGAAGGAAAAGCAGAGCGUUCAAAAAGUUGAUAAAUAUUUGAAUUAUUUAAGUGUCUUCUCACAGCAACGAUUUGGAUAACAGCACGUUUGCGUGUGAUGGGGUUUACCCUUCCUGUCCAUGUAACUAGAGUAAAUUUUUGGCUUCCCAUGGAAUGGAAGUCUGAGCGGAACACACUGCAAUUGUUGGAUUUCAGUUCUAGGCAUAAAAUUUCACUUGUUUGAAUGUUUUUUAGAAGUAAUCUGAGGUUAAUAUUCUUUGGAAAUAUGCUGACCUUUCUUACUUUUAUGUUUGCAACGAAGUUGUAAUUCUGUGAUAUCUUUGACUUACAUUUUGUGAAUCUCAUUUUUGUGUUAACAACUUUUUUUACAUUUUGCUUCAUAUUCCUUCAGUUAGUGGUACAUCCUUAAUUGUUAAUAUUUGAAUUAUUUCACGACAUGGCUUCAUCUUUGUUUGAGAAAAGUAAAAUAAUUGGUAGUUUUGGACUUCGAGUGUGCAGCCGUGGUUCGGUUUGUACAAACGUGACCCCAAAUUCCCAAUAUUUACUUGAAAUCGGAAAAUGGGUUUUACGUUUUGAUCGAGCUCUCUUACAUCAAGGACCGGAAUUUAAUGCUGCUCCCAGAGUCAGAACAAGAACAGUACAAUCCUUCUACAACCAAUCGGCAAUUGACAUUGCUGCUGCUAAACCUUCUGUCCGUUUAACACCUGCUACAAUAUUAUAUUCUGGUAAAAGUCCAGAUGGCAGUCAUAUAUUGAGGAGCGCACAAUAUCUUCACAAAGAAUUGCCUGUUCGUAUUGCACACAGAGUAGCUGGUUUUCGCAGUCUUCCUUUUAUUGUGGGAUGUAAUCCUACUAUCCUGUUAGUGCAUGAACUAUACAUUAGGGCAUUUUACAUGUUAAAUGAAUAUCCUCAGAUUACAGAUUUUGAAUUGGAAAAAGGGUAUUGUGAGCUUCUCCAAGGCCUUUUGGAUGAUCAUAAAGAUGUUGUCACUCAGUUAGCUGCUGGAUUUAGAGAAUGCCGUAAACAUAUAAAAAAUGAAGAACUGGUACGAACCUUUUUAGAUCGAACACUGACUUCUCGGCUUGGUCUGAGAAUGUUAGCAGAACAUCAUUUGGGCCUUCAUAAUGAAAAUGCAAGUGGGAAUGCUAAUUAUGUUGGGGUAAUUAACGUUUCUAUGAAAUUGAAGGAUCUUAUUGAAAAAUGGGCUGACUUUGUUCGUCAAACUUCUUUGCACAAGUAUGGCAAAUGCCCAGCAGUCAAGUUGAAUGGACAUAUCAAUGCUGUUUUUCCAUACAUCCAAGCACCCUUAGAUUACAUCAUUCCAGAACUUUUAAAAAAUGCAGUUCGGGCUACUGUUGAAAGUCAUCUCGAUGCAUCUGAAGACAGUCUUCCACCUGUUACAAUAACUAUAGCAAACAAUGAUGUAGAUUUUAUUAUCAGAAUCUCAGACAGAGGUUGUGGAAUACCUCACCAACUUCUGCCACACAUAAUGGAAUAUCAUUUCACUACAGCUGGGUCAAGCACAGAUCAACGCUUAGAUGGUGGUUUGUUUGGACAAAUGAUGAAUGAACCUAAUGAUGGUCCUGCAUCAGGGCCUAUGCAUGGGUUUGGUUUUGGUUUGCCAACUUCUCGAGCUUAUGCAGAGUACUUGGGCGGUUCGUUGACUUUGGAAACGAUGCAGGGUAUAGGUACAGAUGUAUAUCUUAGACUGCGGCAUAUCGAUGGAAAAUUUGAGAGCUUUAGGAUCUGAUUUAUUAUUUGUGAUAUUAGAGCUAUGCUUUACUAAAACAUGAAAACCCUUUUUUAUUUGUAGGAAUGGUAUAUUAUCUGAGAUUUUAUUCCCAAGAGAGCUUGAAAAAUUCAUGUUUUUGAAUGCCAAAUUUUGAAAACUUGAAAGCUUUUAUAAAGCCAGUUUCUCAGAUAUAUUUGUGUUUCUAUCAAAAUAGCUGUCUAAAUGCAUUAAUGGUGGAUUAUUUAUUGUGUUUGUUUUUGUGUAUUUAUAUACUUACUUAUGCCUUCUUUACUUUACUAAUCUGUAAUUGCUUAUUGUAUUUUAUAUAAUUUUGCAUGUAUGUAAUUUCUGAAAUUAUUUGUUUUACCAAUGGUCUAGAAAUUAUUUGUAUUUUGCUGUAUAAAGCCUUAAUCUUAUAUUCAUGCAUUCUAGAAUUAUAUUUAAAUUCAUGUUACAGUAGCAUUAAUUUAUAUUUUGGGAAUUUUAAAAUGUAUUUUCUGAUAUCUUUUGCAUUUAUAAUCAUGGGUUUGAGCACUGGUUCAAUUUCGGCUGUUUUCGUUUUAAGAAUAUUAGUAAUACUGCUUACAUAAGUUAUAUUCUUCAUAUAUUACAAUAAAUUUAGCCAGUUCACACAAAGGCAAAAUAGAAAAUUGUGAAAGAAUUUUUUAAUGCUAUAAAAGUUUAUUGUUUUGUUAAAAAGAAACCCAAGAUUGGUAAUAGGUAUGUAUUUGCUGAAUUGGGGGGAUGCUGAAAACUCAGAAAGUUUUAUUGUUUAAUUUAAUUACCAAAGUAUUACAUGUAUUAUUUAGUAUUUAAUUUAAUUAUCAAAUGAUAACGUAUUGCUAGUAUAUUUCUGCUGAAAAAUUGAAAUUGUAUUAGUUUUCUUUCCAAUAAUUCUGUUAAAACUGUCAUGAAAGUAAUACUUCAAUAGUGAGCAUCCAAUCCCAUCAUCAUUGCCUUUUAUAAAAUGAUCCAAAUGCAUAAAAAAGGUGUAUCAAUGAUCAACAUUUCAUUUAUGUUGAUAAUUUAUUCCAGGUUAUAAAAUUUGCAAAAAAGUUAUUUUUUAUGAUUUGCAUAACAUUUUGCUUAUAUUUUGUGAAACCUGUAAUGAACAGCAAAUUUCUCUGAUUAGUAAAGCAUAUGGCAGUACACUAGAAAUUUUGUACAAAAUGUAUAUUUUGCCUUCUAAUGGAAUAUGAAAGUGUGUACAGUCUCACUGCUGUUUUAAAUAAUAAACAAUGUAAAAGUGUAUAUUUUUAUAAUUGAUAAUGGUUCUGAAAACAGUAUUAAAACCGGUAGACAGAGAUUAAUGUGAACUUUUUAUUGAUGUAAAGCCAUUUUAGAAUUUUCUGCAUACUGUGAAAUAGUAGAAAUUUUUAAAUUAAAAAGAUUUAUGUACAGAAUGCUAUUUUAGUGUAAUGUACGAGUUUUUAAUAUUGUAAAGUCUGAUUUGUGCUAAGUAAUAAUAUAGCCUCAUUUUUUCCACUUAAUGUAAAUAAUUUUUUGUGAUCAGAAGUAUUUUAGUCUUGCUUAUCGAAAGUGUAAUAAUGUUUUUAAUUAAAGAAACAAAUUGACAUAUACUGAAGCACAAUCAUGUGCCAUUGCAUUAUAUAUACAAAUUUUUAUUAUUUCAAAUUUUGAAAUAAUGAACAAAGCUAAGUAAAUGAUUAUCCGUGAAACUGAGAAGUAGAAAAAAAAUUGUGAUUGUAUGAAACUAACAGAUAUUGUGCUAUGUAAAGAAUGGGGUAAUUUUUAUGAAUCUUAUGAAUGCAUUUACCUCUUUUCUGUGCUAUGAAUAAAGUGAUACAAAAUUGCC